AUGGAAACCAGAAACAACCCCAAGCCCCUCGAUCUCCAUGGAAACGACCCCGACCCCCUCGAUCUCCACGGAAACCACCCCGAACCCCUCGAUCUCCAUGGCAACGCCCCCGAACCCCUCGAUCUCCAUGGAAACCCCCCCGAACCCCUCGAUCUCCACGACAACCCCCCAAACCCCCCCCCUCCCCACCUGUUCCACCCCCUGGGCCCCGCCCUCCGCCGCCGCCGCCGCCGCAGCCUCGCCCCCCGCGCCUGCAAGGAAACCUUCUCGGUGUUCUACCACGAGUCGGACGCCGACACCGCCACGGCCACCUCGCCGCCCUGGAUGGAGAACCCCUACGUCAAGGUGGACACGGUGGCGGCCGAGCACCUGGCCCGGUGGCCGGGCAGCGGCCAGGCCGGGGCGCGGGGCCGCGUCAACCGCAAGGUGCUGCGGCUGGGCCCGCUGAGCCGCGCCGGCUUCUACCUGGCCUUCCAGGACCUGGGCGCCUGCAUGGCGCUGCUCUCGGUGCGCCUCUUCUUCCGCCGCUGCCCCGCCGCCACCGCGCGCCUCGCCCGCUUCCCCGCCACCGUGCCCGCCGAGCUGGUGGCGCCC